AUGUUCGGCAGUUCGGCUCGCGCAGUAGCAGUUCGUCGUCGCGCGACCCAGUGUACAGCAGCAUCACAUCAGGGAGGCUCGCGUACUUUGCUUUCUCUUCUCUCUCUCGCUCGCCUCGCCGCCCUGAUCAAGCCUCUUUCGUGCACCGACGAGCCCUUCGACGGUUAAACUUCUCCCGGACACCUGUACCGCAUCGCAGCAAAAGUAGUUGCCACUUGUUCCGUUCGACAGUGUGAGUUUAGCUAAAUUCGCGAGCCGGCGUCGCGUGUGCUCUAUAUACCCAGAUAGCGCACCCAUAUAUAAAGGAAACGAGUGAUCAGUGCAGUGUUUGCCCUGUGAUUUACGAGAGAAGAGUGGCCGAGCACAACCGAACCUGGGAAUGUUGAGAGACCUGAUAGUCGUCGGUGCGUCCACUCAAGAGGGUCCCGGAUAUCUGAAGCGCGCUAACAGCGAACGUCUUCAUGAAAUCUUCAACCAGUAUGCCACCAAAGAAAAGAAUGGAGAGAAAUUUAUGACCCCGAGUGACUUCGUACGAAGUUACCUUGGCUUCUAUACUGAUUCGGGCUUUAAUCCCGACUCGGUUGCCUUACUCGCUGGAAUCGUCGACACUGAUAAAGAUGGACUCAUCUCAUUUGCUGAGUUUCAAGCCUUUGAGGGCCAGCUCUGCGUGCCAGAUGCCCUCUAUAAGACGGCCUUCCAGCUGUUCGACACAAAUGGAAAUGGAAUGGUUACGUUUGAUGAGUUCGUUGAGGUGAUGCGCAAAACCGUGUUGCAUCAAAGGAUGCCUUUCAACAUGGACAGUAGUUUUAUCAAGCUGUACUUUGGCAAAGAUAAAAAAAGACUCAUCAGUUACGCAGAGUUCAGUCAGUUCCUUCACGACUUCCACGAGGAAUACGCGAUAGAGGCCUUUAAGAAGUUCGACAAAGAUGGCUCGGGCUUCAUUUCGGCAAUGGAUUUUCAAGACAUUAUGCUUAGCAUCAAAAGUCAUCUGCUGACAAAAGAUGUCAAGGAUAAUCUUGUGGCGGCGUUAAGCAUAGGGCAAACCGGGAGAAACGUCAGUUUUCCAUAUUUCAUGGGCUUUAACUCGUUAUUAAACAAUAUGGAGCUUAUAAAACGAAUCUACCUUAACGCAACGAAUGGACAUAGAUUCCAAGAAGUCACUAAAGAGGAAUUCUUACACUCAGCGCAAAUGAUGUCUCAAAUUACUCCGCUCGAGGUCGACAUUCUGUUUCAUCUUUGCGAUCUUCUUCAUCAUACUGGAAUCAGCGCGAACGAGGAAUCGGAGCAGGUUGGCUUUGGAAAAAUUGUUUACAAUGACCUAGUAGCAAUUACACCGGAGCAGUAUUUUAAACAGAUUACUAAAAGAUUAGCAGAAAUCAAAGCUGUAUCGAGCCCAGAAGAAAGAGGCAUAUUAGUUCAAAUCAUGGAGAGCGGUUAUCGAUUCGUUUUAGGUUCCAUUGGUGGAGCUGUGGGAGCGACAGCAGUCUACCCGAUUGAUUUAGUGAAGACUCGUAUGCAAAAUCAGCGUACUGGAUCUUUCAUUGGGGAACUGAUGUAUCGUAACAGCUUUGACUGCUGUAAAAAGGUAAUACGCCACGAAGGUUUCUUCGGAUUGUACAGAGGGUUGGUGCCGCAGUUAAUGGGCGUUGCCCCCGAGAAAGCUAUUAAGUUAACGGUCAACGACUUCGUGCGUGAUAAGUUCAUGGACAAGAACGGGAACCUGCCUCUCUUUGGUGAGAUAACUUCAGGUGCAUGCGCUGGUGCUUCGCAGGUCAUUUUCACCAAUCCUCUGGAGAUUGUCAAGAUCAGAUUGCAGGUAGCUGGUGAAAUUGCUGGUGGACAGAAGGUUAGAGCGUGGGCCGUCGUUAAGGAACUUGGACUCUUUGGUUUGUACAAAGGUGCAAGGGCUUGCCUUUUGAGAGACGUUCCAUUCAGCGCUAUUUACUUUCCUAUGUAUGCUCAUGUCAAGACGAGAUUCGCUGAUGAGGGUGGUUACAAUACACCACUAUCUCUAUUAUGCGCUGGUGCGAUUGCUGGUGUCCCAGCUGCGGCGCUCGUUACUCCAGCUGAUGUGAUAAAAACUAGAUUACAGGUUGUCGCACGUCAAGGCCAAACGACUUACAAUGGUCUUGUAGAUUGCGCACGUAAGAUUUACCAGGAAGAAGGUGCAAGGGCAUUCUGGAAAGGAGCAACAGCUCGAGUAUUCAGAUCGUCGCCCCAGUUUGGAGUCACGCUCUUCACUUACGAAUUAUUGCAAAGGCUAUUCUUUGUCGAUUUUGGAGGAUCGCGACCGGCGGGUUCUGAGCAUCAGGUACCUGCUAUGGGUGCUGCAGACGACAUGCGAUCAUCGAAUCCGGAUCACAUAGGAGGCUAUCAAGUUGCUUUGCCAAUCUUCACUGGCAUUGAGAGCAAGUUCGGCUUGUGCCUGCCGAGGUUCCAGGCUGUCACCACGACAGUGAAACCAUAACAACAACGCUGGUGGCUCUUUCGAAGUGACCCACAGCGUGAAUCCUAAAUAAGAGCUCCUUGUAAUUUUGCGAGAAAAAACUCACGUCAAAUCCAUACUUUUUCCUUCGUGACUGAGACACGCUAAACAAGACUAGUAGAGGAGGGAACUGCGUAGGUGGCGUAACUCAUGGAAUGAAGGAAAUAUUAUCAAAGCUGAAGAACUUGAACUAUAUAAAUUUCCAAUCCUCUCACACUACGAGAAAUCGUCCUCGACGAGUGAUAUAAUCUAGCCAAUUGUGCACAGAGGUGCCUGUCUUCGUACAUACCUCGUUUAUCACUUUUUAUGUUGAUUUUCGAAAACAAAAUUAAACCAAGAAACAAACAAAAAGACUCGUCGUCACUUUAUAUAGAUAGGUAUAUAUAAAUACUGAAGAUAUAUAAAAAAAAAUUAUAAAAUCGUUACCUCCCGACUUGUACAUAUGUAUAAUGUAUAAUAAGUGGAUACGCGUACGCGCGCGAGAAAAGAGCGAGAGUGAGAGAGAGAGAGAGAGAGAGAGAGAGAGAGAGAGAGAAAGAUAAAAAAGAGUGAGAAUGAGUGAGACAUUGAAAGAAAGCGCACAUGCUUAAGCUCUUGAUGAAAAUAAGGAGAGCGAGGCGCUGUGACCAAAGAGAUAUUUUUUGCAAGUUUCGUCGGGGACAUUAUUUGUAUCUUAGAUAUGGCGCGCUGAAUGUGUAUAGUAUUUAUAUAUUCGAAAGUAAAGCUGGUUCUUUUCUCUUUUGCCGUCAAGUUUUAUUAGAGUACACGAAAAAGCGUAUUUCCAUUUUCCACGAAAAGUUUCGUUUUUCAAUUUUUUCUUCGAUAUCGAUAUGCGAAUAAUGCAAUUUAAUGGAUGUGAGAAAUGGAUUUUGAAGUAUCGGAUCCAUGAAUUAUACAUGCGAUUUUGUGAUUUGAAUCUGAUACUCUUGCAAAUCUUCAAUCAGAAUUCCGUAGUUCUUGAUAUUUAACAUUUGAAGUAGAUUUUGCAUUAGAAAACCUUUAAACAUUCGACAUUUCUAACUCCGUCCCCUUGAAGACGCAAACGCAUAAGAAAAAUGAAAAAAAAAAUAAACUGUCGUCAGAUCAGUGGAUGUCAAAGCAUAUGUCGCGUCAGCUUGCGCGAUGAGUUAUGUACCUCGUGCGGUCCUAAUUACAAAUCGUUGCACGAUGAAAGAGAAAGAGAUAUGUAUAUUAAGAAGUCUCCCUUUUUUAGGCGAUCGUAUAUAUUUUUAGACGAUACAUGAUAUAUAAUAUGUCAUAUGGUUGCGCAUAAUUGACCAAAAUGAUGCAAGGUCGCGACGAAAAUGUGUAGAAAAGAAAAAACUAUUGUCGAAUGUAGGUCUGCUCAUUCUUUGUUUUAAACUUAAGCUGGAGCUGUUUUUCUUUCUCUCUUUUUUUAAGAAAAAAAAAGAAUUGUAAUAAAUGAUUAUGCAAAUUGUUUAA